CUUAGCCUCAUAGGAUCAAGAUAUUAAGAAUGUGGGGAAGCUAUUAUAAUUCAUGGGUAUUACUAUUACUUUUAUGGUUCAAUAUAGUUGUUGGAGUGCAUCAAAAUCAUGCAGUAACCGCAAAGCAGCAUCAAAUAUUAGUGGAUACAGAUGUUGAUACAGAUGAUUUCUUUGCUUUGCUUUACCUCUUGAAGCUCAACAGAUCAGUGUUUGACUUGAAGGCAGUGACAAUUAACACAAACGCAUGGACGAAUGCUGGUCAUGCUGUGAAUCAUAUGUAUGACAUGCUUUUCAUGAUGGGUCGUGAUGACAUUUUUGUGGGAGUCGGAGGUGAAGGUGGAAUUUCGCGAGAUGGUGAUAUAUUCCCUGAUGUUGGUGGAUAUCUUCCUAUCAUUGAACAAGGCAUGACAACAACAGGAUACUGCCGAUAUAGGCAAGCUAUGCCUCUCGGUCAAGGAGGGCGACUAGAUACAGACACAAAUUAUGGCCUCCGUAAAGAUUUUCUUCCCCAGGGAAAGAGGAAAUAUUUGCCUCUUCUUCAACCUACAUCACAACAAGUUAUGAUCGAUGUCGUAUCAAAAGGUCCAACAACCGUGUUUUUGAUGGGAGCACACACAAAUUUUGCCUUGUUCCUAAUGCGUAAUCCCCUACUAAAGAAAAAUGUGGAACAUAUCUAUAUAAUGGGUGGUGGUGUAAGAUCAAAUGGUAAUGUGUUUAGUGAUUAUACAAGUAAUCCUUAUGCAGAGUUUAACAUAUUUGGAGAUCCGUUUUCCGCAUAUCAGGUGAUACAUUCAGGGAUCCCAAUCACUCUUGUUCCCUUAGAUGCAACAAACACAAUUCCCGUAACAAAACAAUUCUUUGAGAUCUUUGAGAAGAAUCAGAAAACAUAUGAGGCUCAAUACAUCUUCAAGUCCUUAAAAUUGGUUAGUGAUACUUGGUUUAACGACCAAUUCUAUUCGAGCUAUUUUAUGUGGGACUCUUUCAUGGCUGGUGUAGCAGUCUCAAUCAUGAGUAAUCCACAUAACAACCCUAGCGCAGAAAAUGAAUUUGCAGAAAUGGAGUACAUGAACAUAACUGUCCGCACUUCAAACAAGCCGUAUGGGAUAUUAGAUGGCUCAAAUCCAUUUUUUAAUGGACGUAAAACUCCCAAAUUUCACCUAAAGAAAAAUGGGGUGCACAGUGGUCAUGUCCAGAAGUCACUCCGUGAUCCUUUUUGUCUUGUUAAGAACCAAAAAGGCAGAUGUAAGGAUGCUUAUACAGAGGAGAUAAGUGGUCCAGAAGGUGUACGAGUUCUCGUUGCUACAAGAGCUAAACCAAAUAAGGAUCCUACUAGCCCUAUUGACAGACAAUUUUUCAAAGAGUUUUUGGAUGUUUUGAAUCAUCCUCAUCAAUCUGGAAGAUUCAAUUUUACAACACAAUUUUCUCAUUACAAAGAGGUGCUUUAUAGGCCAGAUUUUCGACGUAAAAAGCUUGGAAAACCUGUCAUCUUAGACAUGGAUAUGAGUGCAGGAGAUUUUAUUGCUUUGUUCUAUCUACUUAAAGUUCCAGUUGAAGUGAUUAACCUUGAGGCAAUAUUUAUAACCCCAACAGGCUGGGCAAAUGCCGCAACUAUAGAUAUUGUAUAUGAUCUAUUGCAUAUGAUGGGCCGAGAUGACAUCCAAGUGGGUCUUGGAGAUGUUUUUGCAAAAAACCAGUCUGAUCCUUCCUUGUUCGCGGUUGGAGAUUGCAAAUAUAUUAAGGCUAUCCCUCAUGGGAGUGGUGGAUUUUUGGACUCUGACACCCUUUUUGGCCUUGCGAGAGGAUUUCCACGCAGUCCCAGAAGGUACUCUCCACGUGAUACCCAUCAUCCUGAACUACGACAACCUCUAGCACUCGAGAUAUGGAACAAUGUUACAAAAACAAUCAGUCCCACGACGAAAAUCACCAUACUAACCAAUGGACCAUUAACUACCUUAUCCAAAAUACUCUCUUCAGAUAAAAAUGCAGUGUCAAAAAUUCAGGAAGUUUUUGUUUUAGGUGGACACCUAAAUAUGUAUGGUACCACAGGAGAAGGAAACCUUUUUACAGUGCCAUCAAAUAAAUAUGCUGAGUUCAAUAUGUUUCUUGACCCUUUGUCUGCAAAGAUGGUGAUUGAAUCAAAACUUCCUAUCACAUUGAUUCCCUUGGAAGCUCAAAAAAGGGUUCGCUCAUUUCGUUCGAUUCUCGACAAUCUUUCCCGAACUAAGAACACCCCAGAAGAACGCUUUACACAUCGCCUCAUCUCUAAAUUGCACAGUUUACACAAAGAACGUGGUCGAUAUCAGCAUGUGGACAUGUUUUUAGGGGAGAUCCUUGGUGCUGUAAUCUUGUCCGAUGGUCAUUCGUCUGUAAUUAAUUCGAGCUUCCAAGUUAAACAUAUCAGAGUCCUUGCAGCAGGUAGGGAAGAUAUAGAUGGACAAAUGGUAGAGGAUGUAGAAAUGGUUCCAAAAAAACACUCAAAAAGUUUCACGAAAAUCGCAUAUUAUGAUUUAUUUGCCAAGCGUAUUGGUGAUAAGAAGCAAUCUGCGGUGGUGGGAAGUUUUUCUCAACAGAAAAGAAUGUGGAGUAGAAGAAGAAGAUUGAGUGAAAUAUGAACAAGAAGAAGAUUUUCCCACCUGUUGUGUUUGGACAUUUUAUAUUCAUUGAGCAUUUAUAUUUGAAAUCAUUGGUAUCGAAAUGCGAAGCAUAGGACACCACGAGUGGAAGACAAGUUGACAACAACGGUACAUCAUAAGAUUCAACAACAUCAUGAAUUAUCAUAUCCUAGCUGCUAAUUUUAUUUAUUUAUUUUAAGAUAACCUUUCUGAAAGAUCAUGGAUUAUUGGUGCCUUCUGAGCUUUGAGGCUAUGAAACCAAAAUUUAAUAGAAGAAAGGAAUU